CUGUGAUCAGCUGACCUGUGCUGCUGCUGCUGCUGCUGCUCUGUGUGGAUUUACACAACUCAACAAGCACAGCUGUCUGCGCUGAUUUCCACCCCUACACUGACACCUCCAGUCUCCAUCCAGCCCACACUUCCUCAGCUGCAAAGUAACCAAAGACCUCACAGCUCCUUUGUACCUCACAGUGAUCCCCAGCAGGGCCCAGAGGCUCUUGAGAGAAAACACAGGGAUACUCCACCCUACACUCUAUGGACCACACCAUCAACUACAACAUUGGGAGCCAAAGUCAGGCCCUCAGAUUCCCUUUUCCACCUGGCAGCUACCCACUGCCACCUGAAUGGCAGAAGACACCAUGGACAGGCUUCAGUGCAGAUCAGUUACAGCACUUAGAGGCCAUGUUCCAAGAGGAUAAAUUUCCAGACAUUGAGAAAAAGAGACUUGUUGCUGCUUCAUUCGGUGUCACACCUCACAAUAUUAAGGUCUGGUUUCGGAACCGCAGGUCAAGGUGGAGGAAAGAAAACGCUGUUAUAGCAAAUGUUGGAGAUGGACAGAGUAGAGUUGGAUACACUCCACAUCACCAGAUCAGUCCCACUCUGCCCACUCUGCCACACAGCAGUCUGGGAGCUCCACCUGUGUCUCAUUUUUAUGUUAGCAAGCCACCCCAGUUUGCACCUGUGCCACCUUCAGUCCCUAUCUUAUCCACUCAGAUGGCACCCUCCCACAGCAGCCUGCUGUCCAGCCUCAGCAGCCCAGUAGGUCAAAGCAGAGAGUGGGAUACAGGCCAGCACCAGCUUUCAUCUCAGGGGAGUUUGGUGGUGUUCCUCCCCCAUCCCAUGCACAGCCCUCCUCCCCCACUGCUGCUUUCUCCAUUACUUCCUCCUCCUUUCACCAUGACUUAUUACUCUGCUAACCCCACUCCACCUCUCCUCAACACCCCACCUUUCUUCCUGGAUCCUCUGGCCGGUGGCUCUACCUUGACCCAUUAUGUAACCCAGUCUCUGCCAACUGACACCAGUUCACUCUUUGACUUGGACUACCUGAUGUCGAGCCAGCUACAGAGCUCCUACCCCACCAGCCAGCCUCAGCUCCAACCUGACACGUCUCUGCCCAGCAUGCCCUACCUCACCCCAUCCCCCUACCUCACCCCUAACCCUCCAGGUUUAAAUCCUACCUCCUACCUCACUCUUGGCCCUGAAGGAAACUCAUCUGGUGUGGUGACCACCUCCACCAGUGAUCCCACCUGCUUCCAGUCCCAGAGCACAGGUCAAAUCCUCCUGCAGUCAUCUGAUCAGGACGCUGGGUCUGCAGCGUACCAGCCUUCCCCACAGGGGCAACCUGAGCAGUCAGCCAGUCAUGCACCCAUGUAAUCAGUGCCCUCCUGCUUACCCUGGCACCAGCCUCCAUCUUCUACCAGCCCUCAUCUUCUUCCAGCCUCCGUCUUCCAGCAGCCUCCAUCUUCCAUUAUUCUUAGGCAAAUUCCCAGCAUCCUUCACUCAACCAGACUCACAUCAGCACCACCGCUAUCCUCCCACCUGUGUCAGCGCUGCCGCCUCUUGCCUCAGGGUGGAGGGAACUCCAACUAAGGAGUCUUGAGGUCAGCACUGCCUCUCCAGAAAGCCCUCCAGUGCCUCUUUGUGUCAAUAGUAUGACAAGAUUCACAGCCACUUGCACUACAAUGUUUCUCCUGUACAUUUUUUCUUUAAGUGUGUCUUGAGUGUGUGUUUCAGCUGCAUGUAAAUGCAUGUGAAUUUAUAAAUUUCCUGUUUUUAUUACUAUUAGGAUUUUUGAGCAGAAAUGUAAAUGCUACCAGGCUGCAUUCUCCUGGGCUGCAAAUGCUCGUUGCACUGUUCAUCAUUUAUUUCUGCAUUUAACACUUUCUGCAUUUCUGCUUUCAUCAUUCAAAACUACAAUUGCAGCAUUUUUUCUUUUUUGGUGGCUCUUUUUUAAAAAGACAAUUUAUUUUAGACCAGCAGAGUGUAGUUCAUGUAAACUCAGUGUUUUGCUUCAAGUUCCUCACCAAACACAAGUCUCUGUAGCAGUUUAUAAAAUCAGGGCCGGGAAAAAAUCAUCAUGGGAAACAUGCAACAUGUUUUUGGCCGAACACAGAAAUUCAUAUUCUGCUAAAAGAAGGUGAUGGAAACAUUUUCAAAUGU